AUGGCAUUAUGGAAAUUUGAAACCAGCAAGUACUAUGUGACGAUCAUUGAUGGCCCGGGAUACAAAGACUUUAUCAAAAACUUGAUUGUAGGCACAUCUCAGGCCAACUGUGCUGUCCUGAUUGUUGCUGCUGGUAUUGGUGAAUUCAAAGCUGAUGCCUCCAAGAAUGGGCAGACCUGUGAGUGUGCCCUUCUGGCUUACACACUGGGUGUGAAACAACUAAUUCUUGGUGUGAACAAAAUGGAUUCUACUGAGCCACCCUACAGCCAGAAUAGAUUCAAGGUAAUUGUUAAGGAAGUCAGCACCUACAUUAGGAAAAUUGGCUACAAUCCCCACACAGUAGCAUUUGUGCCAAUUUCUAGUUGAAAUGGUGACAACAUUAUUUGCACUCUCAUUGUGGGCCAAGAGGAGGCUGGUGUGCUCAAAUCUGGUAUAUUGGUCACCUUUACACCAGUCAAUGUGACAGCUGAACUAGAGUCUGUUGAAAUGCACUAUGAAAUUUUGAGUGAUGCCCUUCCUGGGGACAAUACGGGCUUCAAUGUGAAGAACAUGUCUAUAAAAGAUGUUCAAUGUGGCAAUGUUGCUGGUGACAGCAAAAACCACCCCCCAAUGGAAGCAGCUGACUUUACUGCUCAGGUGAUUAUCCUGAACCAUCCAGGCCACAUCAGUGCUGGCUAUGCCCCUGUACUGGAUUGUCAAGCUCACAUUCCUUGCAAGUUUGCUGAGCUGAGGGAAAAGAGCCGUUCUGGUAAAAAGCUGGAAGAUGGCCCUAAAUUUCUGAAAUCCUGUGAUGCUGCCAUUGUUGAUAUGGUUCCUGGCCAGCCCAUGUGUGUUGAGAGCUUCUCUGACUAUCCUCCUCUGGGUCAUUUUGCUGUUCGUGAUAUGAGACAGACAGUUGUCAGUGUCAUCAAAGCCAUGGACAGGUGCAAGCCUGCCUGUGAGCCCGAAGAACCUCCUUCCUGUAAGCACACCCUACAGCUGACUGAUGAGGGCAGACCUUUUAAUGAAGGUGUUAAUAAAAGAAGCUCUAGAUCCAGAGGGGCCUUUGGAAGAUGGACAUUGUCUGAGUACAACAUCCGAAAGGAGUCCUUGCAUCAUCUCAUGUUGAGACUUUGUGAGGGUGCUAAGAAAAGAAAGAAGUCUUACACCACUUCCAGGAAGAGUAAGCCUGAGGGAAAGAAGGUUAAGUUGGCCAUCCUGAAAUACUGUAAGGUAGAUGAAAAUGGUAAAAUUGGCCGCCUUCCUCAGAAGUGCCCUUCAGACGAAUGUGGUGCUGGAGUUUGCUGGCUAGCCACUUUGACAGACAUUGUUGUGACAGAUGUUAUUGACUUACUGCUUCAGCCAACCAGAGGACAAUGCCGCCUACUGUCAUGCAUCUUGGACAUGGAACAGUGGUCUCAGAGGGAGAGGCAGGAGACCCUGAGGGAGGAGGAGCACAAGGAACAGGAGGCAGCAUUCUCACCUUGGCUCUGUGAAGAAAUGCCAGAGAAGGCUGCUGGUCUCGUUCCUCUCACAAAUGAAAACCGAAACCCAGGAAGGAGACAUGACUGGCCUAAAACACGAACUAGACCAAAGCACGUAGGAAUGUGUAAGAACUGGAAGGCGGAACUCCAGGUGACCUCCAUGGACUACCUUGGGUCUGGCCCCAGUGAUACAGUGAUACACAUUGAUUCUGGAAACUUGUGCUUCGCUCAGACCCUACACAUUGAUAGAAAAAGUUCUUACAUCUCCCAAAAGCCAUAUUGCUAG